AUGGAUAUAAAUAAAUUAAGAAAUGAAUUUUUUCAUGAUUAUCAAGAAAUUAAUAUAAAAAAAAAAAAAUUCUUUUACAGAAACAAAAACAAAAAUGAUUGUAUUACUUAUAAAAAAAAAAAUAUAUAUUGGAUAGAUUCUCAGAAUUACGUGGAGACAACAAAUAAUAACCUAAGCUUGACUAAUCGUAGAAGUGAAAAAUAUAUGAUAAAAAAAAAGAAAAAAUCUAAUUCUUUUAGAAAUACUUACGAUCAUAUUAUAAAUUUUAUAAAGGAAAAUAAAAAUGAUAUGAAAAAAAUUAGGUAUUCCUUAUUUUUAAAGGCAUAUGAAAAAUCUGAAUUAUGUCAGAUAAAAAAACAAAAUAAAAAGGAAAAAAUGAAUUUAGAUAAAUAUAAUAAAUAUAUAGAUAUAAGGGAUCCGAAAGAAAAGCAAAGAUUAAAAUUAUUAAAAUUGUUAAAAAGCUAUCAAAUUAAGUAUGAAGGAUAUACAAGUUUAAAUACUUUAUGUGAUUAUUCAAUAUAUUUUCAGGAUAAAGGUGUUAAAGAAACAUUGUUAAAAAAACAAAACUGCGAAAAUUUUUUAUAUUAUUUAGUUACUAUAGGAAUUUCAUACAAUGACAUAAUAAAAAUGGCAAGUGUAUUUGAAAAUAUGGAAUAUUUAAAAUAUUGUAAUUUGUUUAUGCUUCCUUGGAUAUAUAAAAAAUUGAAUGAAUUUCAUAUUUUUGAUGUAAAAACAUUUGUAUUACAUUGUAUAGCAUGUUCAAUUGGUACACUAAAUUCUUCUUUAUAUAUAUUUAUUAGAUAUAAAACCAUAGCAAUAAUUUUUCCUUUAGUUAUAACUUAUACACUUUUAUCAGCACCUUUUUUAUUACAAGAAAUAAAUUGUGGACGUCUAGUAUUAGAUGGAUGUAUCUCUUUUUUUUGGUCAAUAAAUUAUUAUCAUUUACCAAUAGCAAUGAUAUUAAUUAUAUCAUAUAUUAUUUCUAUAAUAAAAUAUAUAGACUUAAUAUGUUUACAGCUUUAUUAUUUUUCUUACUACUUUAAAGAUAAUAAUCCAUGGAUUUAUAAAAAUAUAGAUACAAAAAUAUGUUCUAAAUUUAAUGGGAGCAAAAACAUUUGUGAUUUUUCAAGAAACAUUUGUUACUAUAAUGAAAGUACUAACACAUGUGAAAUAAACAAUAUAAAAUUGGGUACAAAGAUAUAUGAUAUGUUAUUAAAUAGUUAUGAUGUAUCAAAAAGUCAGAGAUUUACUGUGGCUAUAGUGCUAUUUUCAUUUUUCUUUUUAAUUUUAUAUAACUUUCUUUCAAAAUAUAAAACUUCCCAAAAAAUUGUUAGAAUGUUCUUGUCUUUUCUGAUUCUACUCUUUAUAAUUCAUAUUUUUGCUAUUCAUGAUUUUACUUUCAUUAAGUUUCUAUUUAGUGAUCUUAAUUUUAGCAAAAUAACAAGUAUACUUUCAAAUCAUGAAGUCUGGAUUUUGUGUAUGAUUCACUGUACUAUUAAUUUAUCAUUGCAUUCAGGAAUGUAUUUUUAUUCAUCAAAAGGAUUAAGAUUAGGUGUAAAUGUUAUUUCUUCAACUUAUCUUAUUAUUUUCUCUUUUCUUCUUCUGGAUAUAUUAAUUUUUAUAACAUUUGCAAAUAUAAUUGCAAAGCAUAUAAAAAAUAUAGAAAAAAAUUAUUAUUUUCUAAUCGAAUUAAUGAAAAAAAAUGUUUUUUUUAUUUUAAUCCCUGUAGCAAAUAACUACUGCAGCAAAUUUACUUUAUUCUUAAGUAUAUGCGUUGCAGUAAUAUUCUUAACAUUAAUUUUGUUAGCCGCAUCUAAAAGAAUUGAUAUUUUAUUUUUGUCUAUUAAGGAUAUAUAUACCUCUAAAAGCCCCAAAAUAUUUAUUAUGACAUGGCUAUUAUUGUUUUUAUUUUAUUAUAUUUAUAGAGUUGUUGAUAGUAAUUUUAGAGUUAUAUUUGUAUCACAUUUAUCCCAAAUUAUUACAUUGUUAAUUUUGCUUUGUGUAAAUUUUAAUUUUUUCUGGAUAAGUGGAUUAAAAGAAACAGCACAAAAAUUAGGCAGAUGGCCAAUAAUUUUUAAAUUAUUUUUAACAUUUAUUAAUGAAUUUUCUUUAAUUUAUUGUGAAAUUCGCUUAAAAUUCCUGAACAGAGUUUUUUUAUAUUUUUUACGUCAAUUUAUAAAUAUUUUUAUUAUUCCUUUUUUUUCUAUAAUCCUAUGUCAAAAAGUUUUAAGAUUAAAAGAAAAUGGAUAUUAUAACAAGGUUGACAUGAAAACAAUAAUGCUAAAUACUUAUUCUUUAGCUUUAGAAUGUAAUGAUAAAUCAACAAAAAUUCAAUUACAAUUUAUUCCUAAGUCAAGAUAUACAACAUACUUCAAUAUAUUUAUAAUAUUAUAUUUAAAAUACUUUGGUAUAGAUUUGGUUUUUAUGUGUUUUUUAUACUCAGUAAAUAAUUUUUUUGUUGAAAACGAAGUUUUUUUUAAAAAAAAACAUUCAAAUACUGGAAUAAAUGAACAUAUUAUAUUGCUACUUUAUAUAAUUUUUCUCUACAUAGCAUAUAUAAAUAUCCCAUUAUUGCAAUGGAUAAAAAGAAAACUGUUUCUAAAAACUAAUAAUUUUAACGUUUUAGAUUUUCCUGUGUUACUUGAAGAAAAAAAAAAAGGAAAAAAAAAUGCUUUAUUUAGAGAAUUUAUAUAUAAUUAG